GGCCUGUUGUGACUCUGCAUCCAAACUGGUCUGAGAUAUACAGAGGAGAGACGAUCACUGUCAGAUGUGAGAUCCAUGGAGGAGACACUGAGUGGGAUUAUGAGUGGGAAACAAACAGCACCAUAAAAGCUCCAAAUCAAAAUGAAUACAGGAUUAGAUCUGCUUCAUCAUCCAACAGUGGAAACUACCGCUGUAAGGGCAGAAUGAAAAGUUCACAGCAUAACACAACAGAGUGGAGUGAUUCAGUCACACUGACAGUUUCUGACAAUAAACCCCGUCCUGUCCUCACUGUGUCUCCAUCAUGGCUGAGUCCUGGAGCCUCAGUAACUCUGAACUGUCAGGUUGAACAUCCGUCUGCAGGAUGGAGCUUCUACUGGUAUAAAGCUGUUCCUGAUCUAUCAGAGAAAUCCUCCAGUUAUGAGCUGCUACCUGAUGGCAGUGGGACUGCACAGGACUCCUACAUCAUUCAUGGACAGACACACACAGCAGGAUAUGUGUGCAGAGCUGGAAGAGGAGACCCAGAGUAUCACACUGAUCACAGUCAACCAAAGUUUGUCUGGUCUGCAGAUGUUCAUUCAGCAGCGUCUCUCACAGUGAGUCCUGACAGAGUGCAACACUUCACCUCUGACUCUGUCUCACUGACCUGUGAGGGAAACUUCACUGAGUGGAGAGUGAGGAAGUUCUCUGAGGACGGCCGACUCUCUGACUGUAGGAGAAUGACUGGAUCCACAUGUAACAUCUACACAUCAAAGUCAGAUACUGGAGUGUACUGGUGUGAGUCUGGAUCAGGAGAGUUCAGCAGUGCAGUCAACAUCACUGUACAGAAUGAUGGUAAUGGUCCUAUCCUGGUGAGUCCUGUUCAUCCUGUGACUGAGGGAGCUUCUGUUAGUCUGAGCUGCAGUUUGAGAACACAAAAAAUACUUUCCAAUGUGUUUUUCUAUCACAAUGACAAACUUAUUCAAAAUGAUCCCCGAGGGGAGCUGAAGAUCUCUGCAGUGUCAAAGUCUGAUGAAGGUUUCUACAAGUGUCAGUACUCAGGAAGAGAGUCAGCACAGAGCUGGAUGUCAGUUAAAGGAGCUGACAGCUCUUCAUCUCCUGUGUGGUUGAUUGUUGGACUGGUUUGUGGAGUCUCUCUCAUUAUUAUUCUCCUGCUCUUGUUGUAUCGCUGCAGACAGUCCAAGUAUUCCUGCUUCACCAGGUCGAUCCAGUCUGAGAGUCACAGUCCGGGCUCCUCCACAAAUCAUGGAGUCAACCAGGAUGAAACUCAUGAGUACGACACUCUUCAGUAUGGAACAGAUGAACACCGAGAUGUCACCUACUCUGUUAUUGAGAUUAAAACCUUUGGAAAGAAAAGUGAGUAA